AGAUAGAGAACAGCAAAACUUAGACCAGGCAGCUAACAUUGCAAUCCAUGGCCUCUUUCCACCCCGUCUUUCUCUUUAUCCUUGUUUGCUUCAUCGAUUUUGUAACCACUAAAGCAAAGAAUGAUAACGUUAUCUCGGUGUCUUGCUCAAACAUCAACAAAACCACUCCAAAUAGCCCCUUCCAAUUGAAUCUCAAGACCCUCCUCACAGAUUUAUCUUCAAACGCCACUGCUAACAAAGAAUUCUACAACACUAUAGUAGAAGGCAAAAACCACUCGUCUGAUACAGUCUAUGGUCAGUUUAUGUGCAAGGGUGAUGUUCCUGCUCAUCUCUGUAGUCAGUGCGUCACAAACUUAACUCGUUACAAUUUAUCCUCAGACCCAUUGAACAAUGAUUGCUCCUUUUCCAAAGAGGUGGUGCUUCAGUACGAGGAGUGCAUGGUCCGAUAUUCCAACAAAUCUUUCUUCUCCCCUACUCACUUUAGUUCACAUUCUAGUGAGUGUUUGUCUCUUAAUGUGUCAAACCAGGCAGUAUUCGAGCGUUUAGUUUUCAAAACCUUGAACGGUGUGGCAGAUGAGGCAGCCAAUUUUUCAAUUGGCGUCAAGAAGUAUGCCACAAAGGAAGCAACCAUAUCUGAAUUUCAACCCCUAUAUUUUCAAGCUCAGUGCACACCAGACCUGUCACCACAAGAUUGCAGGAAAUGUCUGAAUGUUACCAUAACGGACGUUCUUCAGAGCUGUAAACUUUUUAACAUAGGGGUAGGGAAGUCUGAAACUUACAAUUGUUACAUCAAAUAUGACGUGUACCCUUUCUAUCGCCCCAGUAAUACCCCAACACCACAAGAUGUCGUUCCAGCUUCCAAUACAAUUGAUUCAAAAUACUCACAGCAUCCAGCUUAUCUUUCCCACAAUUGUACAAGCAAUGAAACCAUGAACAACAAUUUUCUAUCAAAUCUCAGAACACUAUUCUCUUCAUUGUCUUCCAAUGCCAUCAGAACCAGUUUCUUCAAGACAACUGUCGACACGGUCAAUGGCCUCUUUAUGUGCCGCGGUGAUAUCUCCCUCUCCCCUACCCUCUGUCAGUUAUGUGUCCAGGAUGCAACCAAAAGAAUAUCCUCAGAGUGUCCUACCUCCAAAGAGGCUAUAAUUUGGUACGAUAAAUGCUUACUUCGCUAUUCCUAUCAUUCUCUUCUUUCAGGUAUCAAUACAAGUGCUCCAAAAUUUCACCAAUUCAAUUUGGCUUUAAACCCGAACCUGCUGCAAAGCUUCGCCACUUGGAAACUAGCAGAUAUUUUAUAUGAAGUGAAUAAUUUGCAAACAGGAGAGAGUACUACUAAGAAUUACGAAACAAGAUUGGUAAAAUUGAAUGAUCAUCAAACAAUUUACACUCUUGCUCAAUGUACGCCAGAUCUAUCUGAUUGGGAUUGCAGUACCUGCCUGCAAAACAUUUUCCAAAACGAAAUUCCUUGGAGUUGUUUGGCAAGUCCAGAAGGAAAAAUUCUAUAUCCUAGCUGCUAUAUGAUGUUUGGAUUGUCCCAAUUCUACAACAAUGAUCAUGAACCGGAGGUGUUUGGGAAAGGUAGUCCUACUCCGACAACAAAAGAUGAUGAAAAAAGAAGGUCGCAAAUGAUGAUAGUUUCUGUUCCGAUCAUCCUUUCAACAUUGCUUCUAACUUUUUCCUACUAUCUGCUAAGGAAAAGAGCAAGGAAGAACAGUUAUAAGGCAUUAAUCCUAAAAGAAAAUUUUGGUCUAGAAAGUACAACUUUGGAGGGUUUGCAAUUCGAAAUGGCCGUAAUUAGAACAGCAACAGACAACUUUUCACAUGAAAACAAAAUUGGUGAAGGUGGAUUUGGAGAAGUUUACAAGGGCAUUCUUUCUGAUGGACGACACAUAGCUGUUAAGAGGCUUUCAUCAAGUUCAAAGCAAGGCAUCGAAGAGUUCAAGAAUGAAAUUUUAUUGAUAGCCAAGUUACAACAAAGAAAUCUGGUGGCAUUAAUAGGUUUUUGCCUAGAAGAGCAAGAGAAGAUUCUUAUCUAUGAAUAUGUCCCAAAUGGGAGCCUUGAUUACUUUUUAUUUGACACUCGACAGCAAAAUUUAAGCUGGGAUGAACGUUACAAAAUUAUAGGUGGAACGGCUGCAGGAGUUCUAUAUUUGCAUGAAUAUUCCCGUCUCAAAGUUAUACACCGUGAUCUGAAACCUAGUAAUGUUCUAUUAGAUGAAAAUAUGAAUCCAAAAAUAUCAGAUUUUGGUAUGGCGAGAAUUGUUCAAAUAGAUCAAGAUCGUGGACAAACCAACAAAAUUGCUGGAACAUGGGGUUACAUGUCCCCAGAGUAUGCAAUGCUUGGACAAUUUUCGGAGAAGUCGGAUGUUUUUAGUUUUGGUGUCAUUGUUUUAGAGAUUAUUACUGGAAAAAGAAAUAUAAAUCCUUAUGAAUCACUUCAUGUUACUGAAGGCCUCACAAGUUAUGUAUGGAGACAAUGGAAAAAUGAAACUCCAUUAAUCAUAUUGGAUCCAAAUAUUGAAAAUUAUUCUCAUAUUGAAGUUAUUAAGUGCAUACAGAUAGGUUUGUUAUGUGUUCAAGAAAAUCCAAAUGUCAGGCCUACAAUGGCAUCGGUUAUUUCAUAUCUUAAGAGUCGUUCACCAGAACUAUCAUCUCCACAAGAACCAGCAUUUUUCAUACAUGACAGAAUGAAUGAAGAAGUAACAGCACAAAUGGAAUCAAGUUCUACCAAUAAUUUUAUAUCAUUUUCUGUCAACCAUAUGUCUAUAAGUGAAUUUUAUCCUCAGCGAUAGGUUAAUUUGUUUUCAUUAGAUGUAUACUAUUGUUAUUAGUUAGUUAGUUAUAAAAGCACAUGCAUUCAAAAUAUGAAAAUAAUGUGUGCGAAUUGGAAUCGGUAAAAGUAAAACACAUACCUACUAAUUUUUGCCAUUGAUCAGCUUGAACUGCAGAACCUAAAUCCUGAAGUGAGUUGCUUGAAGCUCAUAGUUGGAGAAUCAUUAUCUUUGUAUCUGAAUAUAAACAUAAAAGCAUUGUGUUUAUCAUUUAAUUACAUAAAAGAUCACAACACUUUUGGCAAAACUCAA